CAUCUCUCUCACAACUCACAUCUCACCAGAUCUCAUCCGCCCCCAACUCCAUGCUUUCGCUCUCCCAGGCGAUUUCCAGAUCUAGGGUUUCAAUAACCCUGAAUCGUUCAUUUUCUCUCAAUCCGACAGAAGAUCCAGUGGGGUUGACCUCUAGAAGAUCCACUGAGUUUUUCUCUAAUCGGCACAAGAUCCACUGUGGAUGACAUCUAGGUACCGUUAUAAAACCACAUCUAAUGUUUUUUGUUUGUUAUUUGAGUCUGAUUUGGAUCUGGUUAAAAUUCUGUUUGCGAGGCAAUGAUUGAAUGGGUCUCUGACAUGAUGGAAAAGGAUUUGAUUCUUGUUGGUGCAACUGGUAUAAACCAUCUUCUCCGAGAUCGGUUGCUGCUUAUGUUAAUCCUCAUCGUCUUCUGUUCAGAUCUUGUUUUAAUACCGAUCUGCGAAAGUUUUGGAUGAUUCUGGAUUUGUUAUUGUGUUAGGAGAUGUCGUGUUCCUCAAGCCUGAACAGGGCUAUGAGGUUUUGAAUAGAGUUGUUGAUGUGAUUGGGCAAUAUGAUAGAAAAAAGCUUGAACAAUUAAGCGGCUGCCACCUGCUGCUGUUGUUGAAGGUUUCUGUAUGCAUUAUGGCUUUGCAUUGAUGACGGUUGAUGUAAAUUCAGAGAAUGAAACUGCGACUGAAUUUGGUUUUGUGGCAGCGAUUGACCGAUGACAUUUUGUCGAUUCAGUUGUUGACUUGGAUCGGUCAACUGUUGAUGAGGCUACAUCAUCGAGGCUAAUGGGCUCAUGGUGAUGGCUUGUGGCAGUUUCUGUAACAGCAAUGUUGAAUGUUGAAAACUUGAUGGAGGAGUCAAAGGCUUGUAUCAAAGUUCAUGAAACACAAGCAGCCGCAAAGAGAUCAGUAUAAGAUUUAAUGCUUACAACAGGCUGGAGUACUUUCGUUACUAACAUGCGUUUAGUGGCUGAUGACUCAUUUGUAUUCCUCAGGCCGCGUUUAGUAAACAUGUGCAAGUAUAUGGGUAUCCAACCUUACGGAACAGUCACUUACUUGCGAUACAUGCUGCGCAAAAGAUUACAAUGGAUAAAGAAUGAUGACAGGAUUAUUCAAGCAGAGGGUGGUGUGGAUGCUCUUUCUGAAGAUGAGCUUCGUGAAGAUUGUAGAGAGCGAGGCAUGCUUGGGUUACUUUCAGGGGAGGAAAUGCGUCAGCAGCUCUAUGAUUGGUUGGAUUUAUCUCUUAAUCACUCUGUUUCAUCUUCGCUCUUGAUUCUUUCCAGAGCCUUUACUGUGUUUGGAAAGUCGAAGCCCGAGGAAGUUGUAAGAGCCACAUUGUCUUCAUUGCCAGAUGAAGUUGUAGACACUGUUGGUGUUACUGCCUUGUCAUCUGAGGAUUCUGUUUCAGAGAGAAGGAGAAAGUUGGAGUUCCUUGAAAUGCAGGAGGAACUCAUCAAGCGAAGUUUUUCGAUGGACUGCAGCGGCACUUGUUAUUUAUCGGAGAAGAUGAAGGUAUAUGUUUAUAUUAAUAUAUUUAUAAGGUCAUGGGGAACAUGAAUGAAAAUCAAACUGCAAAAUCAGAAUUAAUAAAUUGGUCAAACUUGAAUUGUAUUUAUCCAUGUAAUAUGUCUUUGGGUUGGGUCAAAGUUGGGUAUCAUUUGAGUUCUUCUUUCAUGAGUGUUAUGUGUAGUUCGUGUGAGGUGUGGUGGGUGACUUGGGUUUUGGGUUAGAAGAUGACCCGACAGAAGAAGACGCUUGCGGCUGUCGAUUUGGAUAGUAUUUAUGUGAAUUGCGUGCGUGUUUGAUCCAAUUGAAGAUGACCCGACAGAAGAAGACGCUUGCGGGACCUCUAAAUAAGUUUUUAAUUUAUAUUUGUUUUAGCAACUCUUUGUAUCCGUAUAAGCUAUUAAUGAUAUAAAUGUUUAUGUCCUUUUAACUUUGUGAUAAUAUAUAACUACUGUAGUUCUCCCGCGCA